UUCAUCGGAAAAACAACACAGAAUCCAAAAAAAAAAACUCUCAGAAUUCUCCCCAAAAAAAACAGAGAGAGAAAUAGAUCUGUAGUUCUGAUCCAAGAAACAUGGGAAACAGCUUAAGGUGUUGUUUGGCGUGUGUUCUUCCAUGUGGAGCCCUAGAUUUGAUCAGAAUCGUACAUCUCAACGGCUACGUCGAAGAGAUCACUCGUCCGGUGACUGCCGGAGAGAUCUUGCAGGCAAACCCUAACCACAUCCUGAGCAAACCCUGUUCUCAGGGCGUUGUCCGAAAGAUCUUGAUCUUGUCGCCGGAAUCUGAGCUCAAGCGUGGAAGCAUCUACUUCUUGAUCCCGGAUUCUUCCUUCCCGGAUAAGAAGAAAAAGAAGAAGAAUGACCUCCGCCGGCGUCAGAAAAAUACAUUUUCCGGUGACGGCGACGUGAGAAAGAUCAGUAGUAAUGACGAUGAUCACAGUUUGAUGUUGCGUAAGAAAUACGUAGAAGAUGCGAUGCUGUCGUCGGUAGAGUCAUCUUCCGUCACCGGAAACCGCCACCGUCGGAGACACAGUCGUUCGGCGUCAGUGUCUUCGUGGCGACCUCACCUGCAGAGCAUCACCGAGGAUUAGAUUAUAUUUUUUUUCUUAUCUUUUUUUGUCCGGAAGCCGAAUUUUUAUUUAACAUCUCCGGAUAUAUUUUCUUCUUUUUCAUUUUUUUUUCAAAAAAAAAACUGUGUAUUAUGGUUAAGAUUUGUGUUAAAUUACUGUUGUAACUUGAAUCUAUGGUAAUGAAGGCAAAAUCCUAAAUUUAUAGUUGA